AUGGCAACGAUUCGACAUACAUUGCAACGUGAGGUAUUAAAUCCUGCAGAAGAAAGACUUCUUGCCGUUUGUCAUGUCAAUAAAGUUUAUAAGAAAAAAAAGUCUAGUUUUUUAUGCUUAGUAGUGUCUUGUGUCACUCCAAUAUCAGUAGUGGAUGGGAAAAACAAUGAUUUAGAAACGCAUGAAUUUGAUUUACAUUUUGAUAAGGUUUAUAAAUGGUUUGCGAUUAAUUUACAAGAAAGGCAAAAUUUUAUAAUGCAAUUGUGGAAGUAUUGCUGUAGGCAUUUACCUAAAGAAAAACCUAAUUUUGAAAAUAUACCAAAUGAUUGGUUAAUUGAUAUGUCUUCGCCUAAAAAAGAUAGUCCAAUAUUAGAAGGAAUUGAAUUAGAUGAAGAGGAAAAUUUAAUUGAAGAAUAUCAAGCUAUAACUGAAAGUGAAGAAAGAGAUUUGGAUUUGUUAAUGUCCUCUUGCCAGACGGCCAUAAGUAAUGCAGAAGCAUUUAUGGAAAAUUUAGCCAAAGACCUUUCUCUUCUCGAUGGGGAAAAUGUAUACAGUGUUUUAUCAUCUGGACAAAAAGUAGAAAAUUUAAUGAUUAAAUUAGAAGAAGCUAUUACGGAAGCUGAAAAAGUAGAAGAACAAUUAGAUUGUUAUGAUGAAAUUUUGAGACACAUCAGAGAUACUAUGGAGGAAAUGGAAGAGAAAAAUUUACUAAUUGAAGUGGCAAAUAAAAAUAAUCAAAAGUUAUUAGUUGAUUUAGAAAAUAUUAUAAGUCAACUAGAUUUGUCACAGAAACAUCAAAAUGCAUUAAUUGAAGCAGAUUUAACAACUCCCACAGGUUUAAAAGAAGCCAUCGCAGCUGGAAAAGCAUUGAUUGCAGCAAUGAAUGCCGAAAUACAUCCGGCACUUGUCAGAAUGCAAGCUGUUCAAGAUCAGAGAAAAAGAUUUGAAAAGUGUAAAAUUAAAUUUUCCCAAACCAUAACUAGAUAUCUCAAUAACUUAUUUAUUCAUUUGAGUAAUGAUUCCGGUGAGAAUUCAAUUUCUUCCUCUGGAGAACUAACUUUACCAAAUCGUAAUUCCAUACACAAAGAAUUAGAAAUUUAUACAGAAUUGAUACAUUGGUGCAAAGCUAUGGAUCGUAAAGCUUAUUUAGCUUUAAUUAAGGUUUAUAUAUCAUCAUUAAAUAAAUUAUAUGAUAGAGAUAUAAAAAACUUUUUCGAAGAAGCAAGACAGAAAAUAAAUAGCGGGAAAGAUAGAAAAGUUAGAGGAAAUGAAUCUAAAGAAGAUUUAGCUGGAAAAAUUAAGCAACAAGCUCAGAGUUUGAGUGCAAGUGCUAAAUAUCCUGCUAACACAAACCUUUUAGGCGUAGAAAAAGAACAGUGGAAUCAAGAAAUAGAUGAAAGUGAAAGAUUAAGAUUUGAUGAAUAUUUUGAAAAAGCUUUAACCGAAUUAGAAUUGGUUUGUCUUAACGAACAAAAUUUUUGCAUUUCAUUUUUCCAAUUAGACGUAAUUAGUCCAACCACAAAGAACACACAAACAACUUUAGAUGCUGGCUUUUUAGAAUCCCGUGACGAAUACGAUUCGGGAUCGGGAUUAUUACCGACGAAAAAAAUAGAAAAACAAAUAAAUGAAGAAGUGAGAAAAAUGAUGGGAGAUUUAUUUCACACAUUAGAAUCAGAACUGACUAGUUUUUUUAAUUAUUACGAAAAAUUAGAUGGAUAUUACUGCAUGCAUGCUCUCGUUAGACUAACGCAACACGUCAUGUCUGCCCAAGACACGGAAUCAUUUUUAAGUAAAACAUACGGAUCCAUAUUGGUAUUAGUUAAACGAUGUUACGAUAAAUUUAUGAUAGCCAAUUUGAGAUCCAUCGAAGAAAUGAAACCGAAUAAGAAAACGAAAUGUGGAAUUCUACCAUUCGUGUCGAAUUUCGACGAAUUUGCAAGAACUGCUCAAUCGAUUUUCAAAACAACCGAAAGAAGAGGAGAUUUAGACAAAUGGUAUAUAAAAUUAAUGGCGGCAAUGUUUGAUGCCAUUCCGAGAAUAGCAUCGGAACAUUUGAAAACUCCUCAAGAAGUUGUUAAAAUGGAAAAUUUUCAUCACAUUCACGAUCUUUUAUCUCAGUUAAAAAUUGGAGUUCUCGAUAGUUAUAGAAAAGAAGCUAAAUUAAAAUAUAACGAAGCUUUAAAGAAUUACGUGACACAGUAUUUUGGACGUCCUUUGGAAAAAUUAAAUCUGUUUUUCGAAGGAGUUGAAGCAAAAGUUGCACAGGGAGUUAAAGAAUCUGAAAUAAGUUAUCAAAUGGCUUUUAGUAAAGAACAAUUAAGAAAAGUUAUAAAUGCUUAUCCUUCGAGAGAAGUCAAAAAGGGUUUGGAAAAUCUUUAUAGAAAAGUAGAAAAGCAUUUAAGCGAGGAUGAAAAUCUUUUACAAGUGGUAUGGAGAGCAAUGCAAGAAGAAUUCAUUCAGCAAUAUAAAUAUUUAGAAGAUUUUAUACAAAGAUGUUAUCCCGGCUCAAUGAUCACUUUAGAAUUUUCAAUAAAAAACAUUUUGGAAUUUUUUUCAGAAAUAGCUCAGUCUCAUUAA